AUGGAUCUAUACACAAUUCCAUGUAAAAAGCUCAAUAAAACAUCCAAGAAUUGGAAUCAGACACAAUAUGAUUUCUAAAUCUUAGGAAAGGCAUCUCCUAUAAACAAAAAAUAAAGAGAGUAGGCAUUUUACUCUACUAGAUAUCAAACAUAAAAUGAAAGAAAAAGUAAAGAACAAGGGAUAAUUUGUGACAUAUUUGAAAACUCACACAUUAACCGAACAUUCAAUUGUUAGAGUUAAAAUAAUAACUUUGACAAUCCUCAUUCAAGAUUAUUCACUCCAGAAACAAGAGUUUUAAAAAAGCGAAAGAACGGUAAGGUAGUAUUUCAACCCAUCCCUCGAUUUAGUUCUCCUUAAAGAACAUAUGAAUCGCCAGCUGUAUUAAAUAUUACAUCAUAUAUGCACAGAAAACCACCUAAAGUGAGAAGAGUGAUAAAUUUAAAUAUGUUAAAGGAUGGUUGUGAAAAAAAGCCAUUUUUUUCAGAUAAAGGAUAAAAUUUAUAUGAGUUUGUAUAUAAUUAUUACUAGUGA